AGUUCAGUUUGCUUUUGGCGACAUGAAGUCACUUGUGUUGUUCUAGCUAUCAGAAAACCACUAGAUGUAAGAUUGUGUCCUACCAAGACAAAUAUUUAACAACACAUAUCUAUCUGAAUGUUCCGCAUCGUUCUCCUAGUAAACCUUGGUUACGAUCCGGACAACAACUGGAAUCCUGCGUUCAUCUGCGCAGCUACGAUUCUCUCCGCUGGUUCGAUUCCGAGAGUAGUUAGCGGCAGAGCGGUUUCCAAACAGCACUAACUCAAAGCAGGGUUAGGGUUCAUCUUAUAGAUGUCAGACUGAAGACAGUCCGAGCCACCAGCGGUACUGACACAGAGAGAGGUUUAGUAAAGUAGUACUGGACACAGGUGGAUUUCACGUCGUCGACGUUGUGACAGCAACAUAGACCAACGCAAUGAGCAGCAAUAAUGAACUCCGCUUUGAUCCAAAGGAGCACCAGCACCUGCGCUACAACCCCCUGCGGGACACGUGGGUUCUGGUGUCGGCCCACAGGAUGAAGAGACCCUGGAGUGGCCAGGUGGAGAAGGAAGAGGAGGACCGUGUACCUCAACAUGACCCAAACAACCCCCUCUGUCCUGGGAACACCAGGGCCAACGGAGAGGUGAACCCAGACUACAACAACACAUUUGUGUUUGAGAAUGACUUCCCAGCCCUGCAGCCUGAUGCUCCUGACCCAGGACUUAACCAACAUCCUCUGUUCCAGUCCAAAGCAGCCAGGGGCGUCUGCAAGGUGAUGUGUUUCCACCCCUGGUCUGACGUCACACUGCCUCUCAUGACGCUUCCUGACAUCAUCAAAGUGAUUGACAAGUGGGCGGACCUGAUGGUGGAUCUAGGCUCCACCUACCCCUGGGUCCAGAUCUUUGAGAAUAAAGGAGCCAUGAUGGGCUGUUCCAACCCCCAUCCUCACUGCCAGGUGUGGGCCAGUAACUUCCUGCCUAAUGAAGCCACCCUGUCGGACCGCUGUCAGAGAGAAUACCUGAAGACCCAUGGAGAACCUCUACUGCUGCAGUACGCUAAGAUGGAGGCAGAGAGACAGGAGCGUGUAGUGGUGCAGAAUGCUGAUUGGCUGGCUGUGGUUCCAUACUGGGCCACCUGGCCGUUCCAGACGUUGCUGUUGCCACGGAGACAUGUCCAGAGACUGACUAACCUCACCGCCCAGGAGAGAGAGGGACUGGCCUCCAUUAUGAAGAGACUCUUGACUAAAUAUGAUAACCUGUUUCAGAUCUCCUUCCCCUACUCCAUGGGCUGGCACGGCGCCCCUACCGGCCCCUAUCUUAAAGAGGACCAGUUCCACUGGCAGCUCCAUGCUCACUACUACCCGCCCCUGCUCCGAUCCGCCAGCGUACGCAAGUUCAUGGUGGGAUAUGAAAUGCUGGCGCAGGAGCAGAGAGACCUUACACCUGAACAGGCUGCUGAACGGCUGAGGAACCUUCCAGAAGAACACUACAAGACCAUUGAGAUGGGAGGAGAUAUUGGUGGAGAGACACCAAUGACUCUACCACACCUCUGAUCCUACCACACCUCUGAUCCUACCACACCUCUGAUCCUACCACACCUCUGAUCCUACCACACCUCUGAUCCUACCACACCUCUGAGCCUACCACCGGAUCACCAACUAGAUUCAGCAGCAUACCACCAGUUGGUGAACCCUGGUCUAUCACAUUGACAUUAGAUAUUAAAGUAUGAAUAACAGGAAAUCAAAACAGUUUGAUACAAAUACUACUAGAUCACUUUUUGGGAUGAUUUGGCGAGAAGGGAAAUAUAUAAUAUUGCUGACAGUGCCUUCAUAGAGUUUUCACACCCCUUGAGUUUUUCCACACUUUGUGUUACAGCCUGAAGUAAACAUUUAUUAAAUUAAGAUUUUGUGUCACUGUCCUACACACAAUACCCCAUAAUGUUAAAUUGGAAUACUGUUUGUAAAUUUAUAAAAAAUAAAAAGCUAAAAUAUCUUGA